AUGAAUUUCAGAGAGAAAGUUCGGCGGGUGUUCCACCGCUCCUCCAACAGCACCAGUUCUAUCAAUGGAAGGCCUCAAGUGGAAUAUUACAAGAAAAAAGAAAUACCGCCGUCCAAGUUCAAGGGGCCAUUUGACAAGGCUCACCAAAAAAGCCUAGCGUCUUGGACGUUCGAGGGCGCUAUGGUGGAACGCACGAGAUCAUUGGAACAACUAUCUCUGUCACCGUUGUCACCGUGCGCCACUCUCGGCGCCCCGUGCGUCUCGGACUCCGACUCAGAGAUUUCCCCGGAUGACGUUCCUUCAGUCCCAGGUAUGAUCCAAUAUUACGCCGAUCUUUCUUUUCGAAACUUGUGGUCUGACAGCAAUCUAGUGGGCAUUGUCAUCCCUGUGGAAAAUCCCUUGGAAUUGGAAUUAGACCCUCUCUCGGCAGCUCCACGCGCCAACAGUUCUGGCUCUCAGUCAUCUACCAUCGUCGAUUCUGAGAGCUACAGUGCCUCCUUGAUGACUCUUCUUCCUGAAAACUCUCUCAUCGAGGCUACAGAGGAUCACAUAGCCCAGAUCAAGGAGUCGAUGAAAUAUUGCUCACCCAUUGUCCGCACAAUCACCCCUGUGACCAUGUCUCCACGGGGUAAGUGUCUACCGUUUUCACCUGAAGACCUGACCCGCGCUUUAGCAGCUGUUCAAGUCUGCGCGUAG